AUGACUUAUACCAUUCUUUCCGACGACCAGGUCAAUUCCAUCCUGGAGGGCCUCACCGUGGAUGAGCUUGAAGAGUUUCGCCACGUUCUGGCUUCAUCACUCCACGAAUUCUCGACUGGCGUUCCAGCUCUCGAGGCCGCUUACCAGCAACCGAAUCGUAUCUCGACUACUCAUCCUGAAACUCAAGCCAGGACGCUGUAUAUGCCCUCUUGCGCUCCAUGUGGCAUGGGCUGUAAAGUCAUCUCCUUGACCACCGCAGAAGCUUCUCAGGAGGCUGAUUCUAAACCUAUUACUCCUACGGGAGUUGUCAACUUGUUUAGACCAGAUGGAUCACCACUAGGCAUCGUUCAUGCCAGUGCCCUCACUGCUUUCCGCACAGCUCUCGCAUCAACUUGUCUACUGGCCCGUCGUGGCCAUGUCAAGACCCUGACUGUAUUUGGAAGCGGUCUACAGGCAUACUGGCAUAUCAGAUUGGCCCUCAUGAUGCGAGGUCACACCAUCAAGCACGUUCACAUCAUCAACCGUCGAUGGUCUGAAAAUGCAACUAGUCUCUUGAAGAAAUUCGCCAGCAUCCCACCUGAGAUCAAGGAAAGGGAGGGUUGGACCGACGUCAAGUUUGGACUCUUGAUCCCCGCGUUUCACGAGUACAAUCGCCUCCUGAAGGAGCAGAUGCGGGAUGCGGAUGUCAUCUACUGCUGCACUUCAUCACAAGAGGACCUAUUUGAUGCAUCCAUUCUGACAUCUCACGAAGGGCGGAAAAAGGGACGGCUGAUUAUUGCUGUUGGAAGUUAUACGCCUGAGAUGAGGGAAUUGCCCGAUGAUCUUCUUCAACUGGCCGUCAAGCAGUAUGAUAAACCUCACCGACACUAUCACAAGCACGCACCUGAAGGUGGUGUGAUUGUAGUCGACAACAUCAAAGGUGUCCUCAAGGAAGCGGGUGAGAUCAUUGCAGCUAAAAUCGGGCCUAAUCAGCUGGUCGAGCUUGGAGAACUUGUCAUGCUUCAUCGUCAAGCCCUAGAAGAAUCCGACGACCCCAUCAGCAGCCAGACAUCACUUGCCUCGGAUGAUAGGUUCGACCAUGGCAGGUCUUCCAUUUCCACAGUCUUUGGAAGCGAUGCUCCAUCUAGUCCUAGUUCAGUCAGCUCAGACCCUCGCAAGUCUGGAUCCAUAUUUCACUUCCGAAAAGGUUCCAACAGCUCUUUGGAUAAAGAAAAGGGGAAGAAUGAGGACCAUCUCGUGCGGUGGCUGCGAGACGGGACGGUAAUCUACAAGAGUGUUGGCCUUGGACUCAUGGAUCUCGUCGUGGGCAUGCACUUGGUCGAGGUUGCAAACGAAAAGCACAUUGGAACGGUUAUAAAAGGAUUUUGA